AUGAACACUCUUCUUGUUCUGGGUCUCUCCGUCGUGGCGGCUGCAGUCCUCCCUGCGGCGCCUGCACCGGCUCGGUAUGGCACGCUCGAGUUUCAGCAGAACGCAAACGUCACGCGAGUCACUUUCAACCAUCCCCCAAUAAACCUAGUUGAUCAGUAUCUCACGUCCGAUCUACUAGACUUUCUCGUGUCUCUCCAGCCCGCAAAUCGCACCACGCCGCCCCCCAAGGUGGUUAUCUUCGACAGCGCCAACCCGGACUUCUUCCUUGGCCACAUUGAUAUAACAUCAAUCCAGCAACCGGAAACACCCGCCAAGGAAGCUCUCACGGAGAACUACAUCGCUGUCGCCAAUCUGUUCAACAGCAUCACCUCCACCAUCUUCAUUGCGGAAAUCAAUGGUCGCGCGUUCGGCGCGGGCCAGGAGCUCUCUGUCCAGAUGGACAUGCGCUUUGCGGGCCCGAACGCCAGCGCCGGCAGCUUUGAGAAUGGACUGGGACUCGUGGCUGGUGGAGGUGGCCAGCUCUUCCUUGCGACCUUGCUGAACCGUGGCCAGGCCCUCGAGUACCUGUUGGGGAUCAAGGCGUUUGAUGGGCCCACUGGUACGGCCCUCGGGCUGUUUAACAACCACUAUGCCACGGCAGAUGAGCUUCGCGAGGCUGUUGAUGCUCUUGCGUCUCGUAUUGGACUUUUUCCUGCCGCUGGACUUAACGAGACCAAGUCUGCCCUCAGCUUUCGGAAUCCCACGGCGGCCCAGCUAGAUGCUGAUGUGAUUGGAUUUUACGAACUGGAUGGACUGCCCGUUGAACAGGCUAACGUGAACGAAGUUUUAUACUUGAGUCACAAUCAGACCCUUUCGCCUUUCGAAUUAGGGUUGCCGUAUUCCGUCUUGGAGUUGUAUGGUAUAGAUCAAUAA